AUGCCCCUCCCAAAGAAAGACGGAGUAGCCGGAGGAGGUGCUGGGGGGAAAUUGGAUAACCGCCAAAAUGGGAAUCGCAGUUCUUUUCGAACUGACUCGGCCAUUUCCAACAGCCGGUUUGGCAACGAAAGAGUCCUUCAGCCAUGGGUCCCUGACUCAAAUGAUGCUGUCAACGGUGCUCUAGAAAAGUCAGCCGGCGGUGGAGCUUGGGACCAGUUUGCUGAGAACGAGAGGCUCUUUGGUCUUAAGACAGACUACGACGAGAACAUCUACACAACUGCGAUCAACAAGAGCCACCCCCAGUAUCGGGAGCGGAUAGCCGCCGCGGAGAGGAAGGCUAGAGAAAUUGAGCGCAGCGCGCCUACUACCGCCCAUGUUGCCGAGGAGCGAAUCAUGGACUUCGUUGGCGGAGACGAUCAAGGCGAGAAUGAAGAGGAUAAAUACAGCGGCGUCCGACGCCAGGAUUUCCCUCCAUUGUCUAGUCGGGAGAACAAGUAUACCCCUCCAGCGAAACGGGCACCGUCAGCCCAGUCCACUGUCAAGGGAGCUCCCAUCGAUCCGGCCAUCAUUUCCUCCCAGAUCAAGGCACCACCUAAGAAGCAACCGAGCCCCGCUCCCGUCCCAGUUGCAGCAGAGUUGAAGACGCCAGUUCCGGAUUCCAACAAGAAUGGUGUCCCUCCCAAGAGCGAUGAGCAAAAGGCGGCAACCGAUAAAAAAGCCGCAGGAAUUGUGUCACCUGAACCUAAGCCACUGGCUCAGCCUGCCAGCGCCAAGGUUCCGGAGACGAAGACCGCCGAAAAGGCCAGUACUCCUCUGCGAAACUCGACCGCCACAGCCCGCAAUGAGGGCACUCCUAAUGCCACAUCGACGGUUGAGCAUGAUGUCUUGAAGGAGUUUAAGACAUUUGCCAACCAGCAACGACAAAAUGCCGAGAAGGCCCGUAGCAACAAGGCCAAGGCUGACAAGGAAGUCAAGUUGACAGAGUUGAAAAAGUUUGCCAACUCAUUCAAGCUGUCCACGCCUGUGCCAACCGACCUGGUCUCCAUCAUUGCCAAGGACCCGCUGAAGCAGAAGGAAAUCCAGGCCAAAGCCAUCAAGAAUGCCGAAGAGGUUGCCAAGGCUAAAGUCGAGACAACGACAGCAACCAAGGACAAGACCACACCGUCAAAGGAAACCCAACCCAAGCCUGCUGGUCAGGGCACACCUGCACCUGCGCCUGCCAGUGCAUCCGCCACUCCAAGUGACUCUCGACCUUCACGGACCUCUGCGGGCACCCAGGCCACCCCUUCGGCUGGAGGCCAAAACCGCCAUCCUGGAGCUCGUCAGCCAUUCCCCCAGCAGCAGUAUCAUGCGCAGCAAUACCGGAACAACCGAGGCGGACCCCAACACGUGCCCUCGCAACAGACCGGUACACUUGCACAGCGACUCCGCAACGUUGAGCAGCAGAAGUACUCUCAGCCUCCUCCAGCAGCUCACCAGCCGCACAUCCCCAACCAAGAAAUGCGUGCUCCUCCAACUGGCCCAGCUAACAUCGAGCCAAGCUAUAACCGACGUAUCGGCGGAGUUUCUGGUCACAUGGGUGCCAAGUUGAACCCCAACAGCCAUGAGUUCAGGCCAAGUCCCUUUGCCGCAACCUUCAGUCCCAACGGCCACCUUAGUGCUAGCUCAAGCCCUCGAUCAGCAGUGAACAAUGUUGCUGAUACUCCUGCGGCAGCUCCUGCUGUCGUUGCCGCUGCUGCCAUUACGGCUCCGCUGAUCCGUCGCAAGACCAAGGCGAUUGAUGUCAAGAAGUGCUACAUCCUGUCGCAUAUCCAGACGUUUGUCCCUGCUCAAGGCCGCAACUGGGAUGACAAUGCUGGUCUCCGCCCUUCCUACGAUACUCUGCCUACAUGGCGACAGCUCCAGGACAAUGAGAAGCCUGAUUCCACGAUGCGCCUGACCUACAAGGAGUAUUUCGAGCGCCAGCCGUUUGGUGGACCUGCCUUGGCUACGCCCAACCCCCAACAUGUCGUUCCACAGAUGCCUCAUCAACACCAGUUGCCGUUCCAUCUCCAACACGGUGCGCACAGCAUGGGACCCAGACAGUCCCCGCAUAUGCCACCAAUGCAGAUGCACACACCUCAGCAUGGGCCCGUGCCUCAUCCGCCUUAUGGUAACGAUGACCAUCGCAUGAUGCACUCGAACUCGGCCCAGUCGUUCGCUUCGCCGCGACUGGGUAAUGUUCCCGUGGCGGCAUAUCCCACCGUGAACUCGCCGGCACAAGGACCCUACAACCAGCCGGUCUUUAUGGGACCUGGGACACCUCAGAUGGGACAAUUCCGCAGCUUUUCCAACAACCCGCAGUACAUGUCACCUCAGCAAGGGCAGAUGGGUCCUCAAAUGAUGAUGCAGCCGCAGUUCAUGCCACCACAGGGAAUGGUGCCUGGGCCGCAGAUGAUGUAUCCCGGUAGCCACCCGCAGUUCAUGCCAUCUGGACCUCAGCCGGUGCCUGGAGCCAAUGGCUAUCCUAGUCCCGGGCGCCCAUCUGCGCCAAUGAUGGUCCACCAGGGAUCGCAGCAGGGCCAGCCGAUAUACGGGAUGAGCCCCAACGUGCAAUACAACCAGCCGGUGUUCACCCAGGGACAAGGACCAAUGACGAAUGUACGAGGAUACGGCAGUCCCGGACCGCAGCACUUUGGGACCAGCCCCCAGCAGGGACACCAUUACGGCCAGCAGCAACACCGAAGCGGCAGCAAUAGCUACAACAAGGGCUACGGUGGACAAGGGCAGCAUCAGACGCCGCAGACCAAUCACGCCGUACCGGCUGUGAGCCAGGGUCGGACGACCGAAGGCUCAGAUGAAGCCAAAUAA